CAACAGACCUGCUGCUGGCGUGGAACCCGGUGUGUUUGGGUUUGGUAGAAGGRGUCAUUGGAAAAAUCCAGCUUCACACAGAUCUUCCACUCGGCCUCGUUUUAAUCCGUCAGAAAGCUCUGGUGGGUCGUUUACCAGGAAACCACAAGGUUUACAAAAUCACCAAAAUCGUUGUGAUUCCUCUGUCUGAAGAGGAGCCUCAGGAGCUGGACCUGGAGCUCUGCAAGAAGCAUCACUUUGGAAUCGACAAACCGGAGAAACUGGCCCCGUCUCCUGAGGAUUCAAAGUUCCUGCUGAAAACUUUCAGUCAGAUUAAAUCCAACGUGGCCGUUCCCAUCAAGAAAAAGUAUUCACCUGCCUUCCAGGUCAAAGAGAACAAAGAGAAGGAGCGUUUGGAGCGGCGCCUGCUGGACGAGCUGUACAAGGUGUUCAUGGACUCGGACUCCUUUUACUACAGCACCACCUACGACCUGACGAACAGCGUGCAGCGCCAGGGCGACUCGGAUAAAUCUGCUUUACCUCUGUGGAAGCAGGUGGACGAUCGUUUCUUCUGGAACAAAUACAUGAUCCAGGACCUCAUCGACCUCCAGGUCCCGGAGGCCGACCACUGGCUGAUCCCCAUCAUCCAAGGCUUCGUUCAGGUGGAGGAGCUGGUGGUGAACUACAACGAGACGUCCGACGAGGAGCGGAGCAGCCCCGACACGCCGCCCAAAGAGAUCACCUGCGUGGACGACAUCCACCCCCGUUUCACCGUGGCGCUCAUCUCCAGACGCAGCCGCCACCGCGCAGGGAUGCGCUACAAACGACGAGGCGUGGACACAGACGGCCACGUGGCGAACUACGUGGAGACGGAGCAGCUGAUCCACGUGCACAGCCACACGCUGUCCUUCGUGCAGACUCGUGGUUCUGUGCCCGUGUUCUGGAGCCAGGCUGGGUAUCGCUACAACCCCCGACCCCGCUUAGAGAAAGGAGAGAAGGAGACCAUGUCUUACUUUGCUGCUCACUUUGAAGAACAGCUUAAACUUUACAAGAAGCAGGUCAUCAUCAACCUGGUGGAUCAAAGCGGACGAGAGAAAAUCAUCGGCGAUGCGUUCCUGAAGCAGGUCCUGCUCUACAACAACCCAAACCUCACAUACGUUUCCUUUGACUUCCACGAGCACUGUCGAGGCAUGAAGUUUGAGAACGUGCAGACUCUGACCGAUGCCAUCUCUGACAUCAUCACUGACAUGAAGUGGGCGUGGGUGGACCAGGCCGGCGUCAUCUGCCAGCAGGAGGGGAUCUUCAGGGUCAACUGCAUGGACUGUCUGGACCGGACCAACGUGGUUCAGGCCGCCAUCGCUCGGGUGGUGAUGGAGCAGCAGCUGAAGAAGCUGGGGGUGAUGCCUCCAGAGCAGCCCCUGCCUCUCAAGUGCUACAGGAUCUAUCAGGUCAUGUGGGCCAACAACGGAGACACCAUCAGCAAACAGUACGCAGGAACUGCAGCGCUCAAGGGAGACUUCACACGAACAGGAGAGAGGAAGCUGGCUGGUGUGAUGAAGGACGGCGUGAACUCCGCCAACCGCUACUACCUGAACCGCUUCCGAGACGCCUACAGGCAGGCGGUCAUCGAUCUCAUGAUGGGGCUGCCGGUGACCGAGGACCUGUACUCCAUCUUCAGCAAGGAGACGGAGCACGAGGAGAAGGAGAAGGAGAGCCAGAGAGGAGCGCAGGAGCAGGUCAGCCUCCUGCUGCAGACCUACAUGCAGCUGCUGCUGCCGGACGACGAGAAGUUCCACGGAGGCUGGGCCCUCAUCAACUGUGACAUGAGCCUCGUCGAUGCAUCCAACAAAGACGUGGACGUGCUGCUGCUCCUGUCAGACAAAGCUUAUUACAUCGCUUACUACGAUGAAGAGGCGGAUAAAGUCAACCAAUACCAACGUCUCAACUUGGAAGGUUUAGAAAAGAUUGAAAUCGGCCCAGAGCCCACGUUGUUCGGGAAGCCGAAGUUCUGCUGCAUGCGUCUGCACUACAGGAACGAAGAAACGAGCGGGUACUUCCACACCCUGAGAGCAGCGACACGAAACCCCGAGGAUGAUGGGAAAGAUACACUACAAUGCAUAGCCGAAAUGCUCCGUAUAACUAAACAGGCCACGGGGCUCGACCUGCUGGUGGUAGAGAAGAAGCUGGAGAGGCGGCAGAGCAAGCCACAUGAGGACAUCAUGGGGAUCCAGAACAAACCUUCAGACCAGGUUCAGGGAAGCUCCGGUCUGGCACAGGGCAAAAGUUUCCUCCUGAACAAAUUCUCCUCUCUGAACCAGAAGGUAAAACAGACCAGGACAAACGUCAACAUCGGUCCCUUUAAACCACUUGGUAAGCUGGGGAACUUCUCCAAGCCUGACGUGACCGUGAGUUUCCUCAAACCAACUAUGCACGUCAACCUGUGGAAGUCUGACAGCAGCCUGGAGACGUCAGAUAACAACCCCGUCACGGGGGUCCUAAAGGACAUGGGAGACGAGCGUUACGAGAACUCCUCAGACUCUGACUCCUAUAAUUCAGACCCCGAGCAUCCCUGCGCUGGUUCCUUUGACAAAGCGGACUACGUUCUACCUAGCUGUGGCAUUGUAGCAUCAAACCCACGUUUGGGGAGCCGCUCUCAGUCCAUCGGUAGCGCAGAGCUAAACAUUCCUUCUGUGAUCCGGAUUACCGGCUGCGGAGAAAUACAGGAAAAAUUGUCUCAAGUGAGUGACGCAUCACCUGGGUCUGCUUCGGUUGCAGAAGAAGCUCUUCUUAUCGACUUUGGCACUCCCAUUGAUGCCUACUGCCACCAGUUCAUCCAGGACGCGCAGACCAAACCCGUUGAGGUCUUCGGCGAGCAGCUGCCACACAACCCUGCCGUGCCUGUGCAGAAGACCCRGGCGGACUCCGGCAAGCAGCUCAACUCGGAGCCGCAGAGUCAGUAUGAGGAGCCACAGCUCCCCAGGCCGUCCCACCUGGACAUCCAAACCUCUACCUCCGGUUCCAACCUCCUCUCCGUCCAGAAGCCCAGCUCCACGGUCUCAGGAGGCUCCCAGAGGAGUCUGGGCUCUCAGAUGGAAGGCAGCCUUGGGCCUUCGCCUGCCGACAGCAACGGCAGCCGAGCGGUGUCCCCCUUCGCCAAGAUCAAGAGCUCCAUGGUCCAGGUGGCCAGCCUGACCCAGGCCGGACUCACCCAGGGCAUCAACUACGCCGUCGCAAAGGUACAGAAGAGCCCCGAGCCGGAGGCCYUCAACGAGGCUCAGGAAAACGAGCUGAAGGCAAUGUUCACGCAGUGCCAGACGAGAAUCAUUCAGAUCUAGAGCUUUUCUCGUAGCAGGAUUUUUAUAGCCGUUCGUCAUCGAGACACUUAUUAAACGGUAGCAUCAGCGGAAGCUUGCACAGUGUCAUUAUUAGGCCAAAUACACGCGCUUAGAUUUGCCCCUAAAGCAACGUUCACACUUUUAACAGACUGUAGAAAAGUGACAGAUCUGUCCCAGAAACCCAACACGGACUGUUUACAUGCACAUUAUGGACUUUUUGUUKGUUUUUAAAAGCAUUGAUUUAUUUUCUUUGCCAUGCAGACUUGCACACCAUUUAUUUGUUCUGUUUCAUGGUUUGCUGAUCAGACGUGCCUCUCAGUGGAAAUUAAAAUCAUGAAACCUGAUAUUUUUGUAGGACAUUAGGAAUAUUGUGGAAUGAUGACCCUAAAUAGGACAGAGCAGGUUUAGAAAACAGAUGGAUAUCUUUGAACAUGUGACUCUUAUGGUCAUUAGAGUUGAAUUGGGUUAAUUUUCAGGGGGUAACUGUCAGUAAUCUCUACGUUACAGGAUUAGGAUGGUGUUCCAUCCUAAUCAUAAAUCUCCUCAUAAAUACUUUUACUGUUGAAGUAAAUGACUCCAUUUCUCUUUGGAAUUAUCUUAAGAGGCAGAUAACUAAGAGUUAUAGAUUAUAUAUAGUUAUAGAAUAUAUAGAUUUUUAUUACAUUCUGAAAGUGCUCCCAAAGAGUUUUUUGUUUAUGUUAACACGUCACUGUCGUUACACAGAAAUACCCACAAUGCUUGGCGUUUGUGGUUAGCUGGUUAGCUAAUUAUGUACUUUAUCUCCUCCUGUAUUUGCAGCACUCCUGUACAUUAGACCUCAGUUUGUCGAAUCACUUGUAACAAUUGACCAAAUACCUUUCUGUGAAUCCCAAAGGACAGAUCAGUGUGUCAUCGUCCCAAACCAGCGAGAAGACCUGCUGUACAUAGAUAUUUUAGAGAAUAUGAGUGUUUUAGAUAAUAUACCGUUWAACAGAUAUGGACCAUGUCAGAACUUAGUUAAGGUAGUGUCCCACUGGGCUCUGACUGUUGGAGACUCAGGCCAUGAGGUAGCAUUUUGAUGAACUGGGUUGGAGAUGACUUAGAGACACUUGUGACAAAAAUGAGGUUUGAGACGAGUUGAAGACACAUAAUAAAAUUGGGAUGGGUUUAAGACAAGUUAGAGACACUUGUGACAAAGUUGAUGGGUUUGAGACGAGUUAGAGACACUUGUAACAAAAUUGAGAUGGGUUUAAGAUGAGUUUGAGACACUCGUAACAAAAUUGAGAUGUGUUUGCGACGAGUUGGAGACACUUUUAACAAAAUUGGGAUGGGUUUAAGACAAGUUUGUGACACUUGUGACAAAAUUGAUGGGUUUGAGACGAGUUAGACGCUCGUAACACAAUUGAGAUGGGUUUAAGACGAGUUUGAGACACUCGUAACAAAAUUGAGAUGUGUUUGAGACGAGUUGGAGACACUUGUGACAAAAUUGAGAUGGGUUUGAGACGACUUAGAGACACUUGUAACAAAAUUGGGAUAGGUUUAAGACAAGUUUGCGAUACUUGUGACAAAGUUGAUGGGUUUGAGACGAGUUAGACACGUAAUAAAAUUGAGAUCAAUUUGAGACAAUUUGGAGACUUUUAUAAUGAAAUUAAGACAMAGGAAAAGGCUAUAGGACCCACAGAACUUAGGUUUUCAGACACCUGUGACGACUGCAACUAUUGUAAGAAAUUUAGUUGCAUAAAUUUCCUGAAUAUUUUUUAAAAUUCAAACCAGUCUAAAUUUCUCACAAGUUGCAGAAUCUUAAACCCCUCCAUCCAGGUCUUGAGACAUUCUGGAGACUCUCUUGUGAACGCUGUUCACCGACAGCCUCAGCCCUGUGCGAUACCACCUUCAGAGUAUCCUAGUUGUCAAUAUGUACAGUGAGUAUCGUUCAUGUGUUCCUGAGCGUUUCCCUUCAGCUUUUUGCAUUUCUGAACGUUGUAUAUCGUAGAGAACGCAGGGCUACAGGCUGGAUUAUAGUGACUUUAACUGUUCGGUUCUGCUGUUUUUAUAUGUGGGAUUUGUUUAAAUCCAUGGCUGGUUUUGUACUGCAUGUUGGACCAGUAACCCGAGUGUAGCAUAUAGUUAGCAUAUAUGCAACUCACCCGUUUCAGGAACAGAGGCUUUUAUUUAUGCACUCCCCCAAAACUGAAAGUAUAUUUGCCUUAACAGGGAAGUGGUAUUACUUCUAAAAAUCUACCUUUUUUUAGUCCACUGUUACAUUUGGUGUACUGUACAGUUCAGGGUUGUUGCMUAAUGAUUUGUCUUGGGAUAUUUCGUUUAUUUGUGGAAAUGAGCAGGAAUUAGACGUGAUUGUACGGUACAUUAUGUGUCAGAACUUCCUUUCUGCUGCUGGGAUUUAGGAAAUAUUACUGUAGAACAAUUUGUUGCUGUUUUAUUUUUAUUAACCUCAAGAAAUGAGGUUUUAAUGAACCUUUGCUGUUUAACGCCAGGAAAUUGUUACUGUCAGAGGCUGAAUAAUCAAAAUUAUUACGAACCAUGUCCAUGUUUUAUUGUUUAUUAUUUAUAGUGUUUGUUUGCUUUGAGCUGAAAUAUCCCAAGAUAAAAGUUCAAUCGUUUCCUGUUUGUUUUCUCCACUCAUAUUAGGUUGAAUAAUUUUAUUUACCAGGUUAUCUUAAGAUUUUAGUUUUGAAUUUUCGUUUUAUUUGAAUCUCCGUUCAGGUUUGUAAACACUGGAGCAGUUCUCUAACAGGUUUUAUCAGCAUUCCUGGUGUUUUUGUUUCUAACAGCGUCAGUGGUUUGAUCUUAUUUGCUGGAUGUCUUUUCUUUGUCCUCCACCUCAGGAGGCUCGGUGUGACGAUGUGUUCAAGCGUUUUAUUUGCACUGUAAAAGCACAUUUUUCUCCUCCCAGCACCGGCGUUCUCAUGUAGUCACAUCCACCUCCUCCAACUGACUGUUGUCCUCGUUUUCCAGUGUAUUGUAUACUAAAGUAUCCUAUUUAUUAUCUCCUUUGGGUGUGUUUAAUAAAAAGUGCAUUUUACA